GCACAGUCCUCUGAAAGACAACAAUUUCGUGUUCCAUAUAGACGUUCAGAUUCCAUCGCGUUGAGUUACUAUGAACCACAUAUGCGUUCAUGGUUAGAUUCGUAUCAACAUCGAAAUUUUACACGAAGACUGAAAUUAAAUGGAGGAAAUUUACAACGUUUGAAUUUAGAAAAGCAAGAAUUAAGAAUAUUCUCAAUUGUACAGGCACAUCAUGCAGCCAAACUAUUGGCAGCUGGUCGAGAAACUAGUUCGUCAACUGUAUGA